UCUUAAUAACACGAGAGCAAGUUAACAUAUCAUAUUCCAUCAGUACCUGUACAGUACGUAUCAUCUGAACGGCUUCUUCCUCGUUCUGACUUGAAAGCUUAGUGUCGAUAACGACACUCUGGACUUGUGAUUAUGCAUGUGCACUUCACGAAGAAGUAAUGACUCAUUCCGUGACAACCUCAGUGUGGAUACUGACAAUACGUUGUUCAAAGUGGAAAUUUCUGCGUCGGUCGCGCUGGACCAAAGUAAAAGCCCUUUACAUCAUGACACGACAUCUCCCCUUUUUUCUGAUCGUCAUGCACCUAUAUCUGAACUUUGCUCCGAUCAAAAACCCCAAUAAAUGUCAGAUGUUGAUCAAUGUCUACUCAUCUUUCAGUCAGAUAUCAAUCAUCUGCUCUGAAUGUUUUUUCAUGAUUAGAACAUAUGUGCUCUGGAACAACAAUAGGAUCGUACUCGUGGGCCUGCUGUCCACUGCUUUCGCUAUGGUCGUGACAUCCGUCAGCAUUCGUUUUGCCACCACUGCCACCUCAUAUUUUACGACUAGCGCGAUCCCGGGCACCCCUAGUUGCCCCUCGAGGUCAAGCAGUGUUCUAUACUUCAUAUCGUUUAUUUUCUUAUUUGCGUUUCAACUGGUAUUGAUCAUUCUCACACUCACACGUGCCAUACAGAGCUGGCGGUCGACAAAGGGCCCUCUGCAAUCCAUCUUGGUGAAGCAUAACAUAUUCUAUUAUGUGUGUGGUCUCCUUCUCUCGGACCGUCAACAUCCUCGUGCCAGCGCUAUUUCCCAACUCCCCAUACUACACUGCCCUCGAAAUCUUUCAGGUAUGCGUCCUUGCGAUCCUUGCCACGCGCAUGCACCUCCAUCUCUGGCAUCUCGACCAGCGCAUGCACAGCGCUGAUGCCCUCAUAUACAUUUCUAUGUCCGACAUGUCACCUGCAGACUGUACGAUGUAAUGUCUUAUCGCGUGGGUUAUCCGUCGUGGGAGGAAUGAGAUGUGGACUAGUAGAUGACUGGUCGGGAUGGAACGCACCUGUCUUUUAAUAAUGCAUUUUUGUCACAUACACAAAUAUUAUAGUACAGCUAAUACAUGAUCAGACCCUGCGGGUGCAAAUUAUGGCC